UAUUCAAGCAAAUCACCCGUUUUCCAUUCUUUCAUUAUUUUGCGCGAUAAUUAAAGAGAUUAUGGACGUGUAACUUCUCAAUUUUAUUAUUCAGUUUAUAAUAAGUGUCAUACGAAGUUUUUUUUUGAUAAAAGCUAAGAAUCAAUUAUUACUCAACAGAGGUGAAAACGAAGAAUACAACUGAAGAUGUCAGUAGGAUGGGGCAGCCUACCGAUACUCCCCCUGCGGUGUGUGCUGGAACACCUCAGCUUUACGGAUGCUCUUGCUGCGACGGCCACCUGCAGGCAUUGGAGGUCAUCUAUAUUAGUCUAUGAGGGCCGGAAGGAAUUGUUGAAGUUGAGUGUGAAACACCUAGAAAAGAGCGCGUUUGUGACGUCAGUGUUUAAGAAACAUGUACGAAGACUGCAUAUAUGCCUCGACGACGCGGGCGAAGAUUUGGAGACGUUCAUGGAAUAUGUCCUGCCACAGUAUUUCGACACGCUACACCUGACCGAAUUGGUUUUUAUUGGACCAAGUUACUUACAGAGGAAUCAAUACGUGCCAAGCGUUAGUCUUAAAAGAAUAUUAACAGAAAGUCUGAUUUUCAAGCACAUACACCGCCUAAAGUCGCUAGUGUAUAUUGGUUGCGAGCUGGGAGUCGCGAAAAGUGAUAAUGAAAGAUAUAUACAUGAAAACGUAGAACAUCAUUCUCGCUCGCUCAAGUUCAAUUUUACGCCAUCUCCGAAUGAUACAGUGUUCUCCCGGUGUAACAUGAGGAAGAUGAUGUUUGCCAAUUUAAAGUACGUGACAAUAGACUACGAGCAAAUCGGCACGGCGACAUUACACACGCUCAACCAGAUCCCGCUGCUGACGCUACUCACACUCAACGUCGGCAACAAGCGGCCAGCCACGCUCAGCCGCUUCGACUGGCCGAGGAUCGCGGUCAACGUGCGAGUUAAUAUUAUUGCUGUACCACAGAGAAGGUUCCAAGAUAUCAUAGCGAAUGUUUUUGUGGAGGGCAUGAUUCUUACUUCAUUAAAGGUUAUGUUCUGUAAAACUCUACACAUACCUCUGGUGACUCACAUCGUGCGAAUGUACAAAGCGACUUUGAAAGAAUUCCUGUGGGUGGAUAGUCCGUUCGAAUCAUCCGACACCUGUCAUAGAAUUGUUAGACCCAUUUCUGAAGCUAACCUCGACAUGUGUCCAGUUAAUCCGUUGAUUUUAUUAUGUUGGCAGUGUAGCCAUUUGAAACGAUUGGUGAUACACGGAUACUGGCUAUGGCAGUAUGACGUCAUAGGUAUAGUCAGACUCCGCAAAACACUAAACGAUCUAGACAUAUCGGCUACGUACGACCGACAGAAUCGAUUCACGAACGAUGGCAAUAUUAACAAUAUCGUCAGAGUGCUCGCCGACGAUAUUGUUCCGACACCUGAUGCGAGAUUUGUGCUGCAAGUGAACGAGCACACGGAGUUCAGAUGGGCGCCAUCUUUGUUAUCAAAUCUACACCCGGCGCUACAAGGUGGCGCGACUCCCGAAAUUCGAGCUGAUUAUAUCUUACAUGAAGCUACUAGGCCUCCUGUCUUUUAAACACUACAAGAAUUUUGCUGCAAAAUCUUAUAAGGAGCGUAAUGUCAUUAUAACACGCGGGUACUUAUUUAAUACUGAAAUUAAAUUGAAUAGCCGUUUAUUGAAAAUUUUAAAGCAAUGUUCGAUUUCAUUUCUCACGAUUAGCAAAAUAUUCGGUUAUUAAUUUAAUUUCGAAUGUAUUGUUAGCGAAAGGUUUAUGUGUAUCGUGUGUUUUCAGAAAAUAUAACAUUACUAGUGGGAAAUGUUCUGAUUAUCCAAUUAUAUCGUCUUCCUUUCAGUUUGUGGUAGCGAUGAUAUUUCCUUAUUAUCUUUGUGAUUCCUAAAUUGUCGUAUUCUUGGGCGUGGAUAUUUUUAUUUUUUAGUUAUUUUAACAUUCAUAAACAUAUCUGUUACAAAGGCUAUAUAUUGAAUGUCUCUAUGUAUAAACAAACAAACAAACAAACAAAUUCUACUCCGGUUAUUUUCGUUUCGAUAACCUAAUAAUUUAAUAUAUCAUAAUUGGUCGUGUUUCGAACACAUUUUUCUAGUGAUGUUAUAUUUUUUGGUUGUUUUCACUAAGAUGUUUCUUGGUGUUCGUAAAUAAACAUUUCUUGCUAUUCAAAAUAGAAAAAACAACAAAAAACUUCUUAUUUUCUCGCAAUCUGUUCUAUAAUAUAUUUGGUUCACGUAUAUGAUUUAUAAAAGACAUUCAAAAGUUCCACGUUUUUUUUGCUAUAUAACAAAAAAAGAAUUAUAAACUGUUUGUAGUAUUGCUAAGUAAUGAUUAUUAACUUUAUUGCAUUGAAUAUAUCACGAUGUUAAUUGUAGGAAAAAAAAAAUCAAAUAAUCUCUUCGAUAUUUCGCGAGCUUUAACAAAUUAUAAUUUGCACUAAAUUAAAUAUUUAUACAGACUAUCGCGAAUCAGUAUAUUAUAUUAAACAGACAAUUAUAUAUCGAAUAUUAAAUGUGGUAUGGGAAAAUAAUCCUUAUUGUAGGGGUAAGUAAGGUUAUAAUAGCUUUUUUUUCGAUAUUAAAAAAGUAUAUAUCUAUAUAUAUUUGAUGCGUCAUUGGAGUAUUAGGUUACCGAUAUGUUUUAAAACCAAUACUUUAAGGCCUAAAUUUGUUUUUGAUAUAAUAAUUUAACGCGGCAAAUUAUACAGAUUAUAAAAUUUGAUUUUACGCAGAUAAUAAAAGUUCCUGAUUUCGAUGUAGAGUUACGUUACAGAAUUGUAUUCAUUGCAUUCACAAAGCACUUAGAAACGCAAAAUGUAGAUGUGUUUACAUCAUGCCUGUACAUAGCUUUAAAUAUUCCUUAUAGUAAUGGAAAAUAAUGAGAUAUCGUUAUAAUACUGUAGGCGCUACAGCGUUGUCGAAAUAAGACGCAAUCAAUGUCAAUUCCCAAAAUAAUAAACAACAGAUAAAAAAUUAUGCAGAUCUUGUCUAUGACCUAACCCUUAGUUUGUGUAUACAGAUUAAAAUCGAAUAAUUUCAUUAGUGUUCUAUAAUAUGUAUAGGAAAUAUUGAGAAACGCCGAAUGAUAUGUUUACUGGCAACAUCUCACAAAACACGAAUUUAUCGCGUAGUUAACGGACAAGUUUAAUAUCUUAGAGAAAUCGUUAGAAUUCAUUUGAUCGCACAAAUCGAUGUUAUGACAAUAUAACAGUGCGAUAUUGUAACCAGCUGUGUCAUUCAGUAUUUAAAAUGUUAUUUAUGGUGGCAGUAACAGAAACAAAUUAAAAAUAAAGCAACAACCGUUCCUUUUUCAAAUUUAAAAUACAAUUUCUAGAACUUUUACAGGGAUACGUUAAAAUACAACGAGCAAACAAAUCCAAAUAACAAUUAACGGCAAAGCUGGUUAAAAUGCAAAUAAGUUGUUUAUUCGAUCGCAUCGCAAAUUUAUCAAAAACACGUCUUGUUAGUUUAUUGAGAAAUCGCGAAAAAAUUUGUACAUAAAUUAUUUAAAAAAAUAUAUCUUUAAUAUCGAUACGGAGAAUGGCGUAGGAACGACUCAAACAUCUAGUCAAUUCGCCGGGCUGUGUAUAUAAAUGGAAAGACGCGUGUGCCCGCGCUAUUGAAGCACAAAAUAACUAACCAAGUAUUACGAAUACAUAUUAUAAUUUAUAUCAACACUAUAGCUUUAAGAAGAAAUCUCGACUGUAUCAAAUACGGUGAUGUGCCACUGCGAACGAAACGUAGGGAUAGCGAAAGAUAACUUUACUAGGAAACGGGUUAACUAAACGCAUUUAUCGGUACGUAGGCGUCAAUUCGCCGACAGACGAAAGCACCUUGAACAGAACAUUUAUUUUGCAGCGUUCUAGACAAAUCCGUCCCCAAAACCACAACGUCGUAACAUUGAAUCGGUUACUGAACGAAUGCGAGGUGCUAAAGCGAUGAAUUAUAAGAAAAAAAUACGUUGUCACGCACAAAAAUUGUGAUCUUAACUUAUUCCCAACUGUACAUGCCUUCGAUUAGUGUACAAAACGAAACAAAUAUACUGUACCUUCGAUAUCUGAAUUGAGCUAACGCUAAACGAUAUUAUGUCUUAGACGGAUAUAAGUAUAAAUAACGCUUGAAAUAGCUAGUACUAAGUACUUUAAUUUAGAGACUCACUAUUGUGUAAAAAGAAUUGAAUUGGUUUGUUUCCAAUAUUUUUUACGGUGUUUAUAGUUCGAUGCGAUGAACAUAUAUUGUAAGGCAACUAAGAGACUAACCGAGAUACAUUCCCUGAGACUGAGAAAUAGAGAGGCUAAGGUCUAAACAAUGUUAUUGUUACAAAAUCUCUCGCGUGCCGAGGCUGCUAGAUACAUUAUUCAAUAUUCGUUUGUAUUUUAAUAACAUUAUGAUUCUUUUUUUAUGCUGUAUAUAAUAAAAUUCCGUUUUUAUUGUGAUAAAUUUGUUUAUUAUCAAUACUUGAAUCUCAAAAACUGAAAUGCUGAUUUUUUGAGUUAAAUAAAAAUAAUGUAUUAAGUGUUCUUUAUCGAACAGCCUCAUCACGCUUAACAAGUAUAUUUUAUCUGUUAAACUGACAUCUUAAUAUGUAUAGGCUUUACUUGACAUCAUUUCAUUCCCGCCUCUUUUUUAUUGUUAUUUUCUCUGUCCUAACAUUGACAAUUGCAGCUCUACAAAAAUUUUAUAAAAUUAUAUUGCCAUUGAAAUUUUUGUGUUCGUUUCUAACAUACCAAAGAAAGUAAAAAAAAGUAGGACAGAGAAUACUUACCACCAAGACUACAAAAGGCUGUGAAACAACUUGAAUUCGGUUCAAAAACUAUUAUUAUAAAAGAUUUGGGUAAAAUUAGUUAACAAGAUGUGUCGAAAAAUAAAUAUUUUUAUAUCAAAGAACUAAGAGUUAACUAACUUUAGCCAUGUCUUAACAAAGAGCAUGACAUUGCAGUUCCCGCCAUUAUUGUUACCUGAUGACGUUAGUUAAAA